AUGCUCCCCCCUCUCUGGAAGUGGGCGUGGCUGCCGGUGGUGCUGCUAAUUGCUGCGAAAAUGGAACAGGUGGGCGGUAGGAACUAUUUGGAUUUAGCACGCACCGAUAAUCGGCUAACGAGGUUACCAUUCUUUGGCGGCGGUGUGGGUCACCUGCUGAGGUAUCUCAACCCUUUGUCGCCGAAUCCCUCAACGGAACGGGAAAGAAUCUCGGAGCUUCGCAGCGAUCUGGAUGCCAACUACGUGAGCUAUCGAGGUGCGCAGCUGUGGAAGCUCAACUUUAAUGCCACCCGGGGCUCAUCCAUGGAGGAGCGGGAGCCCGAGGAGGAGGAGGUGGAGCCCGAGGAGCGACAGGUGGUGGCCUCACCGGAUGCCCAAUUCAACGAGGUGGUCGCUUUGUUCGCGCUCACGUUUGUGGCCCUCAUGGGAUCGGUUCUUGGCCAGAAGCUGGUGCUCUGGCGGAGUGUCUCCGUGCCGGAGAUCUCCGGAAUCUCGGGUCUGCCCCUGGCCCUGCUGACCCUCAACGGCAGCGAGCUGUACGAGUCCACCUUCGAGGGUCUGCAGUGGCUAUCGCCUCUGGAUCUGCGCCGUUUCGACUUCCUCUCACCGGGAUCCUCGUACCAGAUCAACAGGCGCUACCGGAAUGGCAGCCAUGUGCAGCGAUACUACGGCUAUCAGCUAUGGAAAAUCCAUGAAACCCGACUGGAACUGCCCGAACUCAGGGCCCUUUGGCGGCACUUUGGCAGCGAAGUGUGGAAUAUCAACCAGGAUGGCAUCGACAUCCUCAUCGAGCAACGCAAUGUGGCCGAUGCUAAGAAAUUCAUGGAGAAGGUGGGCUUCAGCUACAACAUAAUGAUCGACGACAUCGAAUCGGCCAUUGAUGAGACCUACGUGGAAGUUCCGGCUGCGGAUCAUCCCUUGGAUUCUGUGCGUAACAAUUCUUUGCCGUGGAUGGAAAGACCGGGAUCUUUGAUGAGCUGGCGGCGUUAUCAUGAUCAUGCCGAUAUCCAGCAGUUCUUGCAGACUCUCUUGGAAACCUAUUCGGAAAAUGUGGAACUAAUCCAAAUAGGGGUAACGCGCAACAAGCGCCCCCUGGAGGUAAUCAGGGUAUCCAAUGGCAAUCCGGACAACUGGGCGGUAUUCGUGGAUGCGGGAAUGCAGGCAAGGGAUUGGCUGAGUCCCGCCGCCCUGACCUACGCCAUAUCCAAGCUGACCCAUCUGUGGGCCAGGCCAAAGGGUCGGGGUCAAGGUCAAAGGCAAAGCAGGGCGGAUAAAGCGAUGCGCCGCAUCGACUGGUACUUCCUGCCACUGGCCAAUCCCGAUGGUUACCAAUACUCGCGCCACACGGAUCGCCUGUGGACCAAAAAUCGGGGCUACGACAGUGCCAGCGGUUGCUACGGCGUAAAUCUGGACCGGAACUUCCAGUACGGUUGGGGCGGCACCGGCUCGACGAGUAAUCCCUGCCAGAAUCUCUAUCGUGGAGCCGAGAGCUUCUCCGAACCGGAAAGCAGAGAUCUGCGAAGUUUCCUCACCGGAAUGCGGGAUUACUUGGGCGCCUAUGUAUCCCUGAGUGGCUAUGGCCAGACGAUUACCUAUCCCUGGGGCGAUGCGGACUAUGUGACGGAGAAUCAGAGGGAUCUCAAGCAGACAGCAAGGAGGGCGAUUCUUGCCCUCAGGCGAUUGGACCAAGCGGAAUACUCCUCGGGCACCAGUUACAACCAGAAAUUGGCACGACCGGGUAACUCCGCCGAUUGGGUGCAGGAUCGCAUCGAACCCCAGUUGGUGUUCAACAUGUUCCUCAAGGAUCAGGGACGCUACGGCUAUCUACUGCCGCCGCACUAUAUCGUGGAGUCUGGCGAAGAGGUCUUCGAAUUUCUGCGCACCAUCGCCCAGCAAUUGGAGUAG